AUGGUCACUACAAGUGAUCAAGAGGCUGAAGACAAGCAAAGAAAACUCUCCCAACAGCCUGAAGACAACUCAACAGAGGAGGAAGAUAGAGAUCACCAAGAACCAGAAAUCUCACAACAAGAGCUGCUGAAGCUCUAUGCACCAUUUCCCCAACUGCUCAAUGGUGCUGUGGGGAAGAGAAUAUACUCGAGGUUCCUAGACUUGUUUGCAUCUCUGCAUGUGAACAUACCAUUCAUCAAGGCCAUCCAACAAAUGCCUGCAUUCAUCAAGUAUAUGAAGGAACUUCUUCCCAGAAAAAGCUCACUCAAAGGACGCCAAACUAUAGUGAUGAAUAAGGAAUGCAGUGCCCUUAUUCAACCUGAGUUGCCUACAAAAAGAAGAGACCCAGGGAGUUUUCACAUCCCCUGUGCCAUAGGGGAAACAAUGUUUGAUGGAACACUCUGUGAUUUGGGGGCAAGCAUCAACUUACUGCCCCUAUCCUUGGUAAAGAGGCUGCAGAUCAAUGAGAUAAUGCCCACAGAUGUGGUCAUCAGACUGGCUGACAAGACUCAAAAGCAAGCAAUAGGAGUGGUGGAAAAUGUGUUGCUAAAGGUUGGGAAAUACUUUCUCCCAACAGACUUUGUCAUCCUGGACAUGGAAGAGAGUCACACUCACCCAAUCAUAUUGGGAAGACCAUUCCUAGCUACAGCCAAAGCACUCAUAGAUGUGGAGCAAGGGGAGCUAAUAUUGAGGAUCCAUGAUGAACGACUCAGCCUUAAUGUCUUCAAACUCUCACAAGAAGUAGACCAAGAGCACAAGGAACCAAGCAAAGAUCAUAAUGAGAUGUUGAAGGAGGAAGCAAGCACUAAAGCACACCCAACCCAUUUAGGGAAACCCAUGCAGGAGGAACAAGGAAACAGGCAGUUGUCAUAG